CGACUCUCAGGAAGUAAAGCGUUGCUGGACCAGAAAAGCCCAAUCGGGGUCAAAUGUAGCUACCUACCUACCUAGCUAGUUAACAUGUCUAGCUUUUCCAGAUCUGCCCAGCAGUGGGCAACCUUUGGCAGGUCCUGGUACUUAAUAGACGCCCGAAUGCAGCCUCCGGGAAAGAUUGCCGUAAUGUGCUCCGUACGUCUUCAAGGGAAGCAUAAGCCGAUCUACCACGCAUUAAGUGACAUUGGAGACCACGUGGUGGUCAUGAACACCAGACAUAUAGUCUUCUCAGGAAACAAAUGGGAACAAAAAGUCUACUCAUCGCACUCGGGCUACCCGGGUGGAUUCAAACAGCUCACAGCAGUCCAGAUGCAUCAAAAAGACCCCACUGCCAUCGUAAAGCUGGCCGUGUACGGGAUGCUCCCCAAGAAUCUCCAUCGGAGGACCAUGAUGCAGAGGCUGCAUCUUUUCACAGAUGACGUGCUUCCGGACGACGUGUUGCGGAACCUGACCGAGCAGCUGCCACAGCCGCGCGUCAUCCCGCGCAAACUCAGCGAGUACACACAGGAGGAGUGCGACGCCUUCCCCAGGCUCUGGACCACGCCAGAGGACUACAGGAUGGAGUGACCUCAUAACAGAGUCCAGGGUCUGUGACUGGUGAACAUCAAUUAUGUGUUUGGGGGGGUGUUCAUUUGAAAUAAAUGUCUUAAAAUGUAAAAAAAAAAAAAGACAAAGCAGCCUUUUUUUUAUCAGAUCAUAUGAUAAAGACUGCAGACACAUUUCUUAAAUACUUUUACUAUGUGCUUAUCCGGUCAUCAGUUUAGCCGUGGAGAAGGGCUUUUGGGAGCCCUGUUAAUUCAGCAAAGACCGUAAGUAGUAUUGGAGUGCGGAUUCUUUGGCCGGUGCCUUUUGCCACAAAUGGUUUUUACAGACCUGUCUGAAGGCUGAUUCCAGUCUAAAUCAACCCGGGGUUCGGCCUCCGUUGGCGUCAUAUGCGUGUGUGUGGGCUUUGUGUUGUGCCACUUUCCUCUUUGAAGUGUACUAAACACUAAAAUAUUCUGCCGGUUAUAAACAUAAAGCAUCCUUGUUAGCUGCAGUCUGCUUUGUGAGGGUCAGAAAGUCGGUGUGGCAGGCUUGAAGAGGAGCCACGGACGGCUGUGUACACCAUUUGAAGUGCUUGUUUUGAAGCAGGAUACGUGCAUUUGCACAACAACCAUCUUGCAUGUCAGCAGUAAUGAUUUCUCAUGUCUGAGCUGUCAGAUUCUUUUCUGUCUGCUUAGCCUUAUGGGCUUUUAAUGCACAGAAAAUUACAUAAAACGCUAACAAAGAUCACAGAAGAUAUCGCGUUCUUACAGUUUUAUUGGUUACAAAACAAAGUAAAAAUAAAUAAUUUUUCAGAUUCAAAGGUUUGGUAGUGAGCCGUUCCGCCGGCACCUUGCUCAGCGUAAGGUUUGAGUCAUUGUAAAAUGACAUUAGACCAUAGGCCUAACUAUUCUGCACUCAUCCACAGUGAAAGGGCCCAAAGGACAACCACAUACACAAAGAGACAGGAAAUGACUUUACAAAAUCUGAGCUCAUGUAUUUAAUUUUUUAAAAAAAAGCUAAAUAGUUCCAGAGCCCUUACUGAAUCUCCACAUAUUGCAUGACAUGCAGUCUUACAAGACCAAAUCCACAGGAAAUUCACAUUUCAGACAAUAUGGGUUAUUAGUGGGUUUUUAGAGGAAUAUCAGUGGCAAUGUAAGAUUUGGUUCAAUAAAUUCCAAAUUGCAAAAUUGUUCGGUAUUGUCAAGGAUUCAGCUUUCUAUAAAUAAAUGCAAGUGAAGCUUUCCUGGAGGUAUUUUCUUACAAAUAUACCUAAGAGAGGUCAAUUUUAUGGAAACAGGAAUUUCAAAGCAUGGACAUCAACAUGGAAGCACUGAAAUUCAAUCUCUAUUUUUAAAAACAGCUACACAAACUAUACAAAUGCAGUCUACUGAAAUGGUGUUUCCCCAAAAGAUGCUGACUACACCAAAUACAAAACCCACUGCUUUCGUUGAGUUUUCUUGCGUUCUCAAAUAACUUCAUGCAAUUUCACAAAGAAAUGAAACUCAUUAGAGGUAUGUGGGCACAGUUUCAAUUUCCUGCUCUCCAUACCCCUGCCCUCCCCAAAAUGCGUACAUCAGGCACUUCCAAAGAUAUCUUGCUUAACCCAAACCCACAGGCGGCUGUUCCAGAAGGGCAGGUGUAUUUGUGGGGCUAUGAGUGCAGGUACUCGGCCGGC